UUCACUACAAGGAGGCACCAAACAUUUCUGAGAGGGUGGCAACCAUUCCCCCCAAUUUCCAAUUCAGGCACCAGCUGCAAAUCCCACGCAUUUUGAACAACAAUUACAAACGUCUUAUUUGGGCACUCCGGACAGCAACGACGCACACAUGUCUUACCAAGGCAAAAAGAAUAUUCCGAAGAUCACAAGUGAUCGGCUCCUGAUCAAAGGAGGGCGGAUCGUGAACGAUGACCAGUCUUUCCAUGCAGACAUCUACAUGGAAGAUGGCCUUAUUAAGCAAAUUGGAGACAACCUGAUCGUGCCUGGGGGUGUGAAGACCAUCGAGGCCAAUGGCAAGAUGGUGAUCCCGGGUGGCAUUGACAUCCACACCCACUUCCAGAUGCCCUACCGGGGCACCACCACCGUGGACGACUUCGGCCAGGGAUCCAAGGCCGCCCUGGCUGGGGGGACUACCAUGAUCGUGGACCAUGUGAUCCCGGAGCCUGGUGCCAGCCUGCUGGAGGCGUUUGACCACUGGAAGGAGUGGGGUGAUGAGAAGGCCUGCUGCGACUACUCGCUGCACGUGGACAUCACACACUGGAACGACAGCGUCAAGCAGGAGGUGGAGACCCUCAUCAAGGAGAGAGGUGUGAACUCCUUCCAGGUGUACAUGGCCUACAAGGACUUCUACCAGAUGAGCAACAGCGAGCUGUAUGAGAUCUUCACCUUCCUGGGGGAGAUGGGAGGCAUCGUGCAGGUCCACGCCGAGAACGGAGAGAUCAUCGCAGAGGAACAGGCGCGUAUGCUGGAGAUGGGCAUCACUGGACCAGAGGGUCAUGUUCUCAGUCGCCCAGAGGAGCUUGAGGCGGAGGCUGUGUUCCGUGCCAUCACCAUCGCCAGCCAGACCAACUGCCCCCUCUACGUCACCCGGGUGAUGAGCAAGAGUGCUGCUGACAUCAUCUCCCAGGCCCGCAAGAAAGGUAACGUUGUGUUUGGAGAGCCAAUCACAGCCAGCUUGGGAACCGAUGGGACACACUAUUGGAGCAAGAACUGGGCUAAGGCCGCCUCCUUUGUGACAUCACCGCCUCUGAGCCCGGACCCCACCACGCCUGACUACCUGAACACGCUACUCUCCAGCGGUGACCUGAAUGUGACGGGCAGUGCUCACUGCACCUUCAGUGUGGCCCAGAAGGCCAUCGGCAAGGACGACUUCACCCAGAUCCCAGAGGGGGUCAACGGCGUGGAGGAGCGCAUGUCCCUCAUCUGGGACAAGGCCGUGGUGACCGGUAAGAUGGACGAGAACAUGUUUGUGGCCGUGACCAGCACCAACGCCGCCAAGAUCCUGAACCUGUACCCCCGCAAGGGCCGGAUAGCCGUGGGCUCCGACAGCGACUUGGUCAUCUGGGACUCUGACGCCACCCGCACCGUCACCGCCAAGACACACCACUCGGCUGCGGAGUACAACAUCUUUGAAGGCAUGGAGCUGCGCGGCGGGCCCAUGGUGGUCAUCUGCCAGGGCAAGAUCGUGCUGGAGGACGGCAACCUGCACGCCACCUCCGGCACCGGCCGCUUCCUGCCCUGCUCCCCCUACCCAGACUUCGCCUACAAGAGGGUCAAGGCCCGCAAGCAGUUGGCAGUGAUCCGUGCGGUGCCCAGGGGCAUGUACGACGGGCCCGUGGCCGACUUCUCUCCACUGUCGCGCGGCGCCACCCCGGCCUCCUCCGCCCGCACCUCCCCCACCAAACAGACCCCCGUCAGGAACCUCCACCACUCCGGAUUCAGCCUAGCCGGCAGCCCGCAGCAGCAGCAGCACCACGUGCCGCCUGCUGACGACGCUCCCAUCCGCCCUGGUGGCCGACGCAUUAUGGUGCCCCCUGGUGGCCGCUCCAAUAUCACCUCCCUCAGCUAAACCGCUUAACCCUCUACCCACCCACCAAUGGAGGAGAGAAGAGGAGGAGGAGGAGGAGGAGGAGGAGCGAGGAGCUGCGUAGCUUUCCCGGAGUCCUGGAUAGGGAAUGAGUGAGUGAGUGAGGAAAAUUAGGGUCUUGUUUAGGAGAACCAAGAUAAGAACAAGCUACAUAAACAAACAAACAAAACAAAAAAAUAAGAAAAGUAAGCAAAAACACUGACCAUUCCCCCCUUCUCAUUGUUUCUCCUGCCAAGAAUGCUAACUUCGCCAGCUUUAGAAACUGCACAGUAUUUCUUCUCCAGUGCUGCACCUCAGCUGGACACAUAUACAAACACAAACAGUCACUGCUACAAAUGAUCUAAACAAAUUUGUCUAGAUAUCUGGUAAUUGUCACCUGGUUCCCACAACAACAGUUUGAAAGACCCACUUAAGCACAGUCCAGAGUGUACUAAUAGCUACAAAAUCUACAGUAUAACUCUCAUACAGCAUGUACGAGGUAAAUCACAAUGAAACACUGUCACUUAAACAAACAACCGUAACCGUAACUAUAACCGUAACUGUAACCGUUAUGUUUGGAGAGAGUUGGAAUCUCCUAUGUGGUAGAGAUGUGGUAGAGUAGGAGAAGGACUACUGUGUGGGUUUCAGGACAUGGCCUUGGUAUUCUCCAUUAGAUGUUUUUGAUGUCAUCUUCUUUCUGUUCGCUAGUCUGCUAAUAAUCCCUAGCAUUGAAUAAAAAAUAAAACAUGCAAUUCCAUCCAUUGUUGGUAGGUGGAAAUGUAAGUAUGGUAGAUGUAACGUAGCUUUUUUGCGUAUGACGUUGUUGCAGCCUCGCUUGGGUCACCAAAACCGCCCAGGAGUGAGUGAUUUUUUUUUAACGAGACAUAACUGACAGAAAUUGAAAAGAAAGAAAUGAUGAAGAAAAGAACAGACCAGGUUUCGAGUGCACAGGUGUACCCAAAAAAAAGAAAACAACAACAAAA